GAGUGACGGUAAUUCUGUGCGACUGUGAGAAAUAGGUAGUGCUGCUCACCAGGUUUAUACAAGCUCUACGGAUAUGGCGGCGGCGGCGUCCUUGUCUGUUCCUGCAGGCAAGUUGUACGUCGCUGUCUCUGGUUCGUCCAUCUCGUUGUUACGCCAUGAUUCCUCCUCUUCGUCCUUCGUCGCGACGGCGGGCUCUUGUCACGUGUGCCCGGGCUGCUGCGUUCCGCCUUUCUCUUCUGACGUGGAUGCAUGCCGCCCAUGCACGAUCGCCUUGCCUGGUAUGGACGCAUUCCAGGGCCUGCGCAGCUGCAAACGUUAUCCGAAACUGGCGGGAUCUCCUCCUCUUGGCGGCGCGCGAAGCGUAUCGUCCUUUGCAGAGCAAAUGAAGUCCGUGACACUGCGUGGGGCCUCGACGUCGCGUCCCAGCAGAGGGGUUGUUUCUUGCGAGGCGGGGAUGAAGAUCGUGUUUGUCUCCGCUGAGGUCGGCCCUUGGAGUAAGACGGGUGGCCUUGGCGAUGUGUUGGCUGGACUGCCGCCCGCGCUUGUCGCCCGUGGUCAUCGGGUGAUGACCGUGGCGCCUCGGUAUGAUCAGUACAGGGACGCUUGGGACACCAGUGUCACGGCGGACGUGGUGGUGGGCGGGAGGACGGAGACUGUGCGCUUCUUCCACUGCCAUAAGCGUGGUGUCGACCGUGUUUUCGUGGACCAUCCUCUCUUCCUUGCCAGGGUUUGGGGCAAAACGGGCGGCAAGAUCUACGGAGAGACGACUGGGGAAGAUUACCCCGACAAUCAACUGCGCUUUAGUCUGUUCAAUCAGGCGGCUAUCGAGGCCGUUCGACUUCUCGACUUCAAGCACAGCAGCAGCAGCAGCAGCAGCAGCAGCAGCAGCAGCAACUCUCCCUCCCCCUUCCAGGGUCCCUAUGGCGACGAUGUGAUCUUUGUAGCGAACGACUGGCACAGCGCGCUUGUUCCUUGCUACCUCAAGAGCAUAUACAAACCACGCGGACAGUUCGUGAAUGCCAAGGUCGCCUUCUGCGUGCACAACGUUCUUUAUCAGGGCCGUUUUGCUGCCACGGACUUCGACCUCCUCAACCUUGGGGAGGAGCUGAGGCCCUCUUUCGGCUUUCUUGAUGGGUACGAGAAGCCCGUCGUCGGGCCGAAGAUCAACUGGAUGAAGGCAGGGUUCGAGGAGGCCGAUGUGCUGCUCACCGUAAGCCCUAACUAUGCAAAGGAGUUGGUUUCUGGCGAAGACAAGGGCAUGGAGCUCAAUCACGUUGUGCAGAGGAGGGGUAUUGUCGGUAUCGUGAACGGUAUGGACGUGCAAGAGUGGGACCCCGCUUCCGACAAGUACCUUGAAGUCAAUUACGACGCCUCGAACGUUCUGGAAGUCAAGCCUGGAUUGAAGGAGCUUCUCCAAGCUGAGGUGGGGCUGCCUGUUCUUCCGCACGUGCCGCUGUUUGCCUUCAUAGGCAGACUCGAGGAACAGAAGGGGUCGGAUGUGCUGUGCGCAGCACUUCCCAAGUUGAUGCAGGAGGAGAACGCGCUGCAGAUGGUCGUGCUGGGAACGGGGAAGAAGAGGUUUGAGUCGGAGUUAAGGGCGCUGGAAAAGAGGUACCCGGAGAGGUUCCGUGCCGUGUGCAAGUUCAAUGCACCCUUGGCUCAUCUGCUCACCGCUGGGGCGGACUUCAUGGUUAUUCCCAGCCGAUUUGAGCCUUGCGGCCUCAUUCAGCUCCAUGCUAUGAGGU